AUGCCAAAGCCUCCUUUCUCUUUUGAAGAAUUCUUACGGUCUCAAAAUUUGAGGAACAUCUUAUUCCACUUGAACAGAGUUGCCAGAUACGUUGUCGACGAGUCAAAGGGUAGAAAUAUAGAGAGCUAUAACUACCCUGGUUUCACGGUAAAGCAACUUUUAGAGUUACCAAGACAUUUGGAAGCUCCAGAACUUUGGGACUUAGUUAUAAAAGCUCAACGUUUCAAAAAAGAUGUUCUUAAAGUUUGGAGAAGUUUGUUUCUCUCAGAAUCAUCUGUUGCAGUGUUUCAGGAUUCUUUUUGGUGGUGGUUUCUUCAAAAGUUUAAGCCUAACCAAGAAGAUCAAGACCACUUAUUUGACAGAAUUGCAGACAAUUUUGUGGCACUUUUUCUUCUUGUUCCCAGGGAUACUAAAGAUGCUUUUUUCCAGAUAUAUCCUGAUUGUUUGUCACAAGUCAUUUAUGUUGCUUUCUGUGAAGCAUUUCCAGAAUCCAUUAAAUAUUUUGAUGAUGAAUUUAAGGAUGGAUUAGUAGACUUAAUUUUUCAGUGGAUAUCAGGUUUAAAACCAAAGAAGUGUACAUGGAGGAAAUGGAAUCUUAGUAGCUUUAAAACUACCAUGGUAAAUGAUGCUAAUAAAGAUGCUACUGCUAAUGUACAAGUUAGCGGAUCUGCCAGUUCUGUAGCAGCCCUGGAGAACAUCAGUUACGAAGAUCUACUUGAAGAUGGAAAAUAUAUGGCAGAUGGAGAAAUGAGUGAAGAUAGCGAACAUAUAAAUGAUAUACCCAAGGAGUCAGAAACCGUAACAGAGUCCUGCUAUAUCGGCCCAGGUCCAGAAUGCAAGCGUGUGCUCUUCCGACUUGGUGGUCAAAGUCCUUUGGUCUCCUAUUAUCUUAAAAUGCACGAAAUAGCUAAUGCUGCAUCAUGUUCCUUGACUUGCAGGAUUAAUCGUACUGAAGUUUACAAACUGCCAUAUCCUUUUUAA